CAGUAGCAAGGAGGUGUGAUGAAGGUCUCUGUGAGAGGCCAGCCGGGUUGGAAGUUUGAUAUAGAUCUGUUUAAACAAUCUUGGCUAAACUUCGAGCCGCACUGUAUUAGGAUGCCUUGAGUUGGUUAUUAAUUAGUUGGGACCAUGUUAAAAUGAGGCAGCAUAUAAUCCAGAGGUACCCCCAGCUAGGAUUACCUGGAUUGGUUUUUUGACUGUGACUGCUGAUGUCAAAAGGGAAGAGAGAGACUUCUCCAAUGACUGUAUUCCUGGAUGUGGCUUCUUCCCAUUCUGGCCACCAGCAUACACAGCCUGUUCCGUGUAGAAAAGAAGUGAUUGCUACAAGUUUCAUCAAAGAACGGUCCAAAGUCAACGCAGUUCCUUUGAAGAAUAAGAAGGCCUCCAGUUUCCAUGAGUUUGCCCGGAAUACCAGUGAUGCUUGGGACAUUGGUGAUGAUGAGGAAGAGGACUUUUCCUCCCCUCCUUUCCAAACUCUAAACUCAAAAGUUGCUCUGGCAACCGCAGCCCAAGUCCUAGAAAACCACAGCAAGCUGAGGGUGAAACCAGAACGCUCCCAGUCAACAACAUCCGAUGUUCCUGCCAGCUACAAGGUCAUAAAGUCCAGCAGUGACGCUCAGCUGUCCAGAAAUUCCAGUGAUACAUGCCUGAGGAACCCGCUCCACAAACAGCAGUCACUCCCUCUCCGACCCAUCAUCCCCCUGGUUGCCCGCAUCUCGGACCAGAAUGCGUCUGGGGCGCCCCCGAUGACCGUCCGGGAGAAAACCCGCCUAGAAAAAUUCCGUCAGCUUCUCUCCAGCCACAACACUGACUUAGAUGAACUGAGGAAGUGUAGCUGGCCAGGAGUUCCCAGGGAGGUUCGACCUGUAACCUGGAGACUCCUGUCGGGCUAUCUCCCAGCAAACACUGAGAGGAGGAAGUUGACCCUGCAGCGGAAGCGGGAGGAAUAUUUUGGCUUUAUUGAGCAGUAUUAUGACUCUCGAAAUGAGGAACAUCACCAGGAUACCUACCGACAGAUUCACAUUGACAUUCCAAGGACAAAUCCGCUCAUUCCGUUGUUCCAGCAGCCACUUGUACAGGAGAUCUUCGAAAGAAUUCUAUUUAUCUGGGCCAUCCGACACCCUGCCAGUGGGUAUGUCCAGGGAAUUAAUGACCUGGUCACCCCGUUCUUUGUCGUCUUCCUCUCAGAAUAUGUGGAAGAGGAUGUGGAGAACUUUGAUGUGACCAAUUUGUCUCAGGACAUGCUUCGAAGCAUUGAAGCCGACAGCUUUUGGUGCAUGAGCAAGCUGCUAGAUGGGAUCCAGGAUAACUACACCUUUGCACAACCAGGGAUCCAGAAGAAGGUCAAGGCGCUGGAAGAGCUUGUCAGCCGGAUUGAUGAGCAGGUACAUAAUCACUUCAGGAGGUACGAGGUCGAAUACCUACAGUUUGCCUUUCGUUGGAUGAACAACCUGCUCAUGCGGGAGCUUCCCCUUCGCUGCACCAUCCGCCUAUGGGACACAUACCAGUCUGAACCAGAAGGGUUCUCCCACUUUCAUCUCUACGUGUGUGCAGCCUUCUUGAUCAAGUGGAGAAAAGAGAUCUUGGAUGAGGAGGACUUUCAGGGCCUCCUGAUGCUGCUACAAAACCUACCUACGAUACACUGGGGCAACGAAGAGAUCGGGCUGCUUCUCGCUGAGGCAUACAGACUGAAGUACAUGUUUGCCGAUGCCCCUAAUCACUACCGUCGGUAGGUGCUGUCUCCCCGGGGGACCCAGACUGUCCCUGUCUCUGAUGGCAAUCUGAUCACUGUGGCCACUGUGCGAGCCGUGGACUCCGGCCAGGAACCACUCCUGCUGUAAAAAGCUCACAUCCGCCGCCCAGGUCUUAACUCUUUGGCGUGCCUGUCCGCCACUCCAUGUCUCUGGAUGUGUUUCUCGGACCACUAUCAGUAUUCCAUGACAUGUGGAUGGGCCCAGCUCUGGGAGAAGACAGGAAAGGAGGUACAGGGUUGUCUGCCCCUUUAAAAGAAACUGGACAAAAGAAGGGGAAGGCUCAGGGUCUCAACUCACAUUGUUCCUACAUGGACUGACUGUCUCUCGCCUCCUGGCCCCAACUGAUGCCGUUGCUUUUUGUGACGUAGUUUGAUUUGAUCACAGGUCAAAAAACGCCUUAUGUUUUCAGAAGACUCCUGACCCCCUCCCCCCCGGUUCCUAGCCCUUCCCCUUCUGCCCUGGUCUGAGCCAGUGAGGGGCAGCUUGAGACUGUUGUUCUCAGAUGGAGGAGAUACUGAUCCUUAUAACUCUGGGAAGAGGCCUAUACCCAAGGGCUAGGAAUUUUAUUUUUCCUUUUCUCACCAGAUGUCUGUAUGUGCGCCUGUGUUUGUGUGUGUAUGUGGGUAUACACACCCAUCAGCAUUUAGUUAUGUGUCUGAAUUUAUGUGUCCAGACUAGCCCCGUUACCACCAGCUGGGAAGGACCCCGGUGACCAAGUAUACAGGCGUCCCUUGAGAAGGAUCAGGGCAGGGGAGGGAGAAGGGGCUUUAUACCUCUCCAAACCCUUUUCCCAUGAUGACCCACUCCAAGAUAUUAUGUGUAAAUUGUGUUAUUAUGUAUAUGGGUAAAGAUGUACAAAUAUAUGUCCUCUUUGUAGCAGAUAUGAUUUUAUAUUUAUAAUGUGCAUCAACAUGUGAAAGCAAUCCCGGUCACUAGCACAGAUGAAGUUGCCAGGCAGGUGGGUCUGGCAUCUCCAGGUUGGCUUCUGGGUGCCCUCCUGUGAGGGGGAGAGUGGGAGUCUGCCAGAGCGAGUGUCGCCGAGCAAAUGGACCUACUUUGACAACCGGUGGCAGCUGCCCCAGCAUCAGUGUCUCAGAGUUCUCUCUUCCCUCCCCGCCCCUCCCCACCCCUCCCGGGGUCUUUGUGGAGCAUCUGCCCCACUCCUUCCCCGUGUUGGGCAGACAGAGCCCCCCACCUCUCACCCCCAGAGGCAGAAGCCCUCCUGCAUGUUUUCAGCCCCUCCCUUUCCCCAGGAGGCUGGGGGAGAGCUUUUGUUUUUCCGUUUAAGUCAGCGUCGUAUUCAAGCCAGAAGCUGUGACUGACUCAUCAGUGCCAAGGAAAGGGGUUUUCUGUGUCUCCCUGGGGUUUGGGGCCCUUCUCAGAGAGCGGUAUCCAGUGUCCCCCACUGUCACCACCAUACCCCACACAGCUCAUGAGAUGGGUGACAUGUUCGAUUUUGGGAGUUCCAUAGCAGAGGGUCGGGGGGGAUGGUGGUGAGCAGCUGUCCUUCUCCCAGGAAGCCGGUCAGUGUCCCUGGUGGGUGACACCCUUGAGUCUCUGCCAGUGAAGCUCCACCACGCUGGCACGUUCCAUUUCUCAUCUGGAGCUGUUUCUCAGGCGUUCUUCCUAACCCUCUCCUCUUCCCCUUCAGUGGGCCUCAGUAGUCUCCUUCACAGAGCGAGAGGGCUGUGACCCUCCCCUCAACCGGACUAAUUAAAGAAAGACACUUGUGUUCCCAAGUGGUGGUUUUAUUUUUUUAGUUUUUACGUUUGUAUGGAAAUUGUGGAUAAAGUGAAAGAAUUGUAAAUAAAUAGUGUAUUUCCUCCUUCA